CAGUAUGGAAGCAAUCAUGGGAACCAAAGACAGAGAGAACCUGAAUUCUUGGAUGCCACUACAUUGCCAAAAAGAAAAUGCAGACUUGCAAAGAAAUGUUUUCAGCGAAUAUUGGGGCAAGGAAACAUUUUGCAGUGGGAAGUCUCUCAACAUGCUACAACAUGAAGUCCUGACUAUAUUUGGGCUGCAAUUGUUUUGCAAUGGAGUUGCUGUUGUUUUCCUGUGUUGUAAGAAGGCUUUUUAAAGGUCCUAGUAAGACGCUUUACUGUUAUUAUUACCAUUUUCUGGGACUUCUUUUUUCUCCGAUUGACAUGCCUAUCCUUUGCUGUUGCUGUCUCCCAGCUACUUCAGAAGAGCGGGAACCCCUUCCUGUAAAUACAAGGCAGCCCUGUCGAAACAUCGGGGUCUUCAAUAAGAAGGGAACCUUGACGAUGAAGCUGGUAAAUGUACGUGCCGUUGACACCCUUUUCUCUGAUCUUGCCAAGACUUUUAACAAGCAGCACGAUGAUUACUCUGCUAUGAUGAAGGCUGCCCAAAAGCUGAAAGAGGUUUCUGGCUGCUCUCCCACUGCCAGUCUUACAGCCUGCAUAGAGGCUGUGCAGCAGGAGCAUGGUGCUUACAAAGUGCAGGUGCACAUGGAAGGCUAUAGCUUUUCACUCAUUGUAAAGGAGAAGAAAGUGCCUGACAAACUGAAGCAGGUCCAGCAGCAGGUGGGAGAGCUGAGUCGUUCCACAAAGCGCGUCCUUGCUAGAAAAGCUAUACUGCAAGAAAUGAUCUGCUUCAUGCUUCAGAGCCAGACCCAGCUGGAAGAAAGGAUCAAAACCACAAACACAGACUAUCUGGACCAGGUACGGCUAGAAGGUAACCUGAGAGAGAACAUCGAAAAAAUCAGCCUGGCCAAGGAGCUCUCGGAACACUAUGAUGAAGCUGCCAGGAGCGUGUUGAGGGGAAUGGCCCAGCUAGCUGGCUUGGUGCUGGAAGGGGCUUCUGAAAUAGGGACUGAAUAAUGUGCCUACAUAUACAGAACAAGAGCUUAAAGCACACCUGGGUGCUGCAGUGACUUGUUAGUGUCAGUAAAUAGCACUGCAAAUGGUUUAUAGGUAGCUCUGAGCCUUAGAUCUGCUUUAUUAAACUAUGGGCAUCUGGAAAAAAGGUUUGAUUUUCAUCUGAGCCAUUAACACGGAUGAACAAUAAAUGACUUUUUCUAUGUAGAGUGUUAAAUCAUCCCUUAUGAAUUAAUAUGUGGAAAAAACAUGGAGUACCUGACCAAAAUAAAGGCAAUUUGCACUGGAUUUAGUAACAUUUCCAUCACUACUUAGUAGACAACGGGGCUGUGGUGGAAGAGUUUUUAGGGUGACACAUGAUGAAUCCAAAACCACGUGGUCCAAAUCCCUCAUCCCUGAGCAGGUGUCCGUGGUACCUGACAGGGUAACGGCAGCUGGGAGCAGGGGAGCAAAGGCAGUGGUCUCCUCUGUGUCCUCGUGUCUGCAUCAUGCAGGUAGGAGGAGACACCUAGGCUAGGACUGAUAGCUGAAUUUAAAGGAAAUUAAAUCAUUUUGCAGACCUGAAACAGGGCAAAUCAAGUGUUUAGACUGAAGGCCAAAACGUUUCCCUAAAGUUUUAGAAAUGCAUUCCUGGCUGCUUAAUAGCGCUACAGAUAAUCAUUUGACAUAUGGCUUAUAGCAUAUUCACAUCCUUCCCUUCCUGGAAGCUUGUGAAGCCCGUGCUUGCUACAGAGACACAGUGAGGUGACCGGGCAGCCCGGCACGUCUGAGUGCAUUGGCGUAAAGCACUGGGCAGCAGGGGUUAUUGUGGAUUGAGACUUAUUAUGGGAACUGGGGCUGGUGCUAAGCUGGCACGACUGCUGUGCUCUGGAGCAAAGACAUUGACACAGGAGAGGCAGUUGGAGGAGAUAAACAUGGACUAAGAUUUCAGGGAAGAGCAAAAAUAAAUCAAGAAAUCAGGUCUGUUAGCAUUCCUAGUGGCAUCACUCUCCCACUACAGCCUAUACGAGUGGCGCAAAGAAAGCUUUGCUUCAGACAUGCUGCAAAACUCAGGAUGACUGCUGUGAAAUAAUGACAAGUCUGGUGUGCAGGGACACAGCCUUUGAAGACUGGCUGGGUAACCCUGACUUUCUCUGGAUGCCGAGAGCAAAAAUCCAGUUGGGAGUGAGGACCAUGUGAAUGGGAAGGGUCGUCCGGUUCUGUGGUGCUGGAUUUGUUUGGCAGUCAGAAAACUUAUUGAAUUCAUCGCAUUUUUUAAGGAUGAGGGAAAGAAUAGAAACCACGAGUGAAAUCCUACCCAGCACCACAAAUAACUACAAAGGGAACACAACCUCUGGGUUUUUAGCCUGUCUCUACUCUGCCCGCUAUUCGUGUUUUCAGUCCUUUUUCUCUUUGCCUCAGCUUAUCCCCAAAUUACGUCAGAAAAUCCCAGGAGACUUUUCUGCCCUCAAAUGGCUUUGUGCUUCCUUCAAGCCUCUAUCUGCUUGCACACCCACAGGGCUUGUGGGCAGCAUGUUUCUUUGCUCUCUGUCAGACUCUCCCUGUAACAACCCUUUAACCUCUUCCUGGCCAGACAUACAAGCAUUGGGACAUUUCCAUUAGGAAUUUCAGUUUGCCUCUUUGCUAGGCAUGUUUUGCAUGAAGUUACCAACUCCAAAAAGAAACUUAUGAUUUCAUUCAUUUUUUUCUAUUCUAAAUGAAAGCAAGUGCCUCUGUAUUCACAUCAGGUAGAGAAUUUGGUCUCCCCUUCACUGCUCAGCCCAAGGGUUUCUCUCCAGACAUAUUUAUUUGUGUUCAUUCUGUUUGUUAUAGAGUUAAGCGAAAAGGUUCAUUGGCACAAAUAUUUCCUGCCACUCACCCAACAACAUCUUGAAAAUUACAGCAAUGCUUCCAGUAGGUCCUUGGUCAACCAUUUCUCAAACACAUUGACAAUUUUAGCUUCAAAAGCUCUCUCUAUCUCCAACUUUUUAGAGCACCAGGUUUUCUAAACUCUAUUAUCUCUGCCAGUUUUGAUGGAACAAGUAAUCCAAAUCUCUUAUAAGAAGAGAUGCUGGGUUCCCCAUCUUCUGCAUGAGACAGCUGUGGUCACUCUAUGUUCCGUACCAGGACUGGGACCCAACCUCCCAAAACAGGGUGAGUGGAUGACUACAUGAAGGAUAAAUUUUCCUACAUACUGUAUUUCUGAUAACAGCAUAUCUGAUAACAGAUAUAACACCACGCAGUCAUGAAGCCUGGCAACGCUAUUAUUUUCUACACAUCUAAGGAGCAGUUUGCAGUAUAUUUAAUGGAACAUACGUAAUCUAUACUAACCUUACACAUCUGGGAAAUCUCAUAUAGACUUCUGUUGCUAUUGUUACACUCAGACACACCGCAAACCUCAAAACGUUUGUGGUUGAUCCAGUCCAGUGCACUCAGACGUGUAUGUCUCCAAAUAGCUCCGUGCAUUUUGGAAUGCACAGUGUUCCUCAGCUGCCAUUUCUCAGCUGGGAGAGCUUGCUUACCUGAGAGCCUGUGACCCUGGAACAUCUCAGUCAGAACCUCAGUUACCCUGACA